AUGGCGAAGCCUACGCGCCACACCCUGACCACGCCGUCCGCCCACCCUCGCGGGAUCCCGAAACGCGCGCUCCCGCGACUCGCUGCGGCGCUCUUUUUUGUAACCCUCGUCGGCGUCGCGCUGCCCUUGGCCGUGCUGCACCGCGCCGCCGUCUCGCGGCACUCGCUUGAGGACCCGUGGGGGCGGUACCCGCUUCCUUCGCUCGCCGCAGACGACGAGGAGAUCCUUCGCUCGCCGCAGACGACGAGGAGAGCGCCCAAGGACAGUGAGGAUCUCGAACUUGACCGAGUUUUGCAGAAGGCUUCAAUGAAGGACAACACAGUUAUAUUGACUACACUUAAUGCUGCAUGGGCUUCUCCUGGCUCGGUGAUAGAUCUAUUUGUUGAUAGUUUUCGCUCUGGUGUUAGAACAAGUUCACUCUUGAACCAUCUAGUCAUUAUAGCGUUUGAUGGGGAUGCGUACAGACAAUGUGCCAAGAUCCACCACUAUUGCUUUGCUCUUGGAACUGAAGGUGUGGAUUUUUCUGAAGAGAAGAGGUUCUUGACUUCUGGGUAUCUGGAGAUGAUGUGGAAAAGACUAGAUUUCUUGCGGCUGGUUCUUGAAAAGGGCUACAGCUUCAUAUUCUCGGAUGCAGACAUAAUGUGGUUUCGCAAUCCAUUUCCUCACUUCUAUCCUAAUGGUGACCUUCAGAUUGCUUGCGACCACUAUGUUGGGAAUGCAACAGACUUGAGAAACAUUGCUAAUGGAGGCUUCAAUUAUGUGAAAUCGAAUGAACGGACCAUAGAGUUCUACAGUUUCUGGUACUCAUCACGAUUGAGAUAUCCUGGCUACCACGAUCAGGAUGUCUUCAAUGCUAUUAAGCAUGAUCCAUAUGUCGCAGACAUUGGGCUGGAAAUUAAGUUUUUAAGUACAGCAUACUUUGGUGGAUUCUGUGAACCAAGCAGAGAUUUAAAUAAGGUCUGCACUAUGCAUGCUAACUGUUGCAUCGGUUUGCGGAGCAAGAUUCAUGAUCUAAGGAUUAUGAUGGAAGAUUGGAAGAACUAUUUGUCACUGCCUCCAAGCUUGAAAAGAUUGUUGACAUUGUCCUGGAGGGUGCCACAAAAUUGCAGCCUUUCUUCGCUAAACUAA